GCAUCUGACUAUCCAGUUGUACUGUCUUUGGAGAACCACUGCAGCCCUGAGCAACAGGAAGUAAUGGCAGAGCAUUUAGAAAAUAUUCUAGGUGAAAAACUUCUUACUUCAACACUUGGUGAAACAGUGGUGACCCAGCUACCAUCUCCUGAGGCAUUAAAAUUCAAAAUUCUGAUAAAAAAUAAAAAAGUUGGAACAAUUGAGGAAGGUAUGCUCAGGAGAGGUCUUGACAGUCAUGGUGAGACAGGAGAUAUUUCUGAUUUUGAAAAUAUGUCUGAUGAUGAUGAGACUGAUGAAAAAUCUUCUCCUCACCCAAAGAGUGCUCCCUCAAAGAGUACUCCCUCAAAAAGGAAAAGGGAUUAUAGUCCUUCAAGCCCACCUCGGAAAAAGGCAAAGAAGAAGAAGACAAAAAUAGCCCUUGCGCUGUCAGACCUUGUGAUCUAUACCAAAUCUCAGAAGUUUAUGACCUUUGACUAUUCCCUAGCUAAUCAGAAGUGCUAUGAAAACAAUUCAAUUGGAGAGGUUCGAGCACGGAAAUUUGUAAAACAUUCAGCUAGAGCAUUUGUUUUACAUACUUCAAGAUUCAUUACAAGAAUCUACCCCAAAGGAACAAGAGCAACCUCUUCAAAUUAUAAUCCUCAAGAGUUUUGGAAUGUGGGAUGUCAAAUGGUGGCCUUAAACUUCCAGACACCGGGAAUACAAAUGGAACUGCAAAAUGGAAAAUUCCUAGACAAUGGUGGUUGUGGCUAUGUUCUGAAACCAGAGUUCCUGAGGAACCGCAAUUCAACAUUUACCCCAUACAAUGUGGGAAGAUACAGUAAACCAAUGUCUCUGUCAAUAAGGCUCAUCAGUGGUCAUCAGUUACCCCCCAGUAACCUGUCAAAGUCUAACAAAGCUGACCCUGCAGUGCAGAUAGAAAUUUACGGCGUGCCAGAAGAUCAAACAAAAAAAAAAUCUAGUGUUAUAAAAAGCAAUGCUUUGAGCCCUAGAUGGGAUGAAACAUUCUCUUUUACUAUCCAAGUUCCAGAACUGGCAUUGAUACGCUUUUGUGUGGAGGAUGAGAUAUCUCUGGUUGCAAAUGAAUUCCUUGGACAAUACACCUUACCACUCAUGAGCCUGAGUAAAGGUUAUUGCAAUGUCCCCCUGUUGGCCAAAGAUGGUGGCGACCUCACACCUGCAUCACUAUUUGUUCAUGUCUGGUACUACCAGUGA